GUUUGCUCUUCGUGCGCAGCAUUUCGAAUAUUUUACCACGGUAUUCAACGACGACGACGACAACAACAAAUUGUCUUUUUUCGUGCUGAAUAGAAAAAAGUGGCCAAGAAUUUGUUUAUUUGUAUGUGUGUGUGUGUGUGUGUGCGAAGUCAAAUAGAAUCUUUUGUGAAAAGUGAAAACAGCACGCAAACCCAACUCACGGCUCAAACAAAAUCAAAACAUAGCUGAAGAAAAGCGCCGCAAAGUAUUCAACGCUUCCCGUGGAUUAACAAUUGAAUUCUAAAGCAAAGCUUAAUCUCCUCGGCGACAACAACCGCAGCACAAGACCAAGAAGAAGAAGAAUAAGUUAUUGCAGAAAAAUAAUUGAGCUUUAUUCAACGACCUGUCUCACUCUCCUGCUGCAUCCAUCAAACUGUCUGCGUAGCUGAGGGCCCGAAACGAUGCCGGCGGAAAUUAAACCAUCCGCGCCUGCUGAGCCGGAAACUCCGACCAAGAGUAAACCGAAGAGCAACUCAUCGACAUUUUCAAAAGCCGCUUUGGCCCGUGUCACACUGCUCGAUGGCUCCAUUCUGGACGUGACCAUUGACCGCAAAGCCAAAGGGCGUGACCUGGUUAACUCGAUCUGUGCUGGACUUAACAUCAUUGAGAAGGACUACUUUGGCCUGACUUAUGAGACGCCAACCGAUCCGCGUACCUGGCUGGACUUGGAGAAGCCCGUGGCGAAGUUCUUUCGCACAGAUCCCUGGCCAUUGUCGUUUGCAGUCAAGUUCUAUCCUCCGGAGCCGUCGCAGCUGCAGGAGGACAUCACGCGCUACCAUCUCUGCCUGCAAGUGCGCAAUGACAUCCUAGAGGGUCGUCUGCCAUGCACAUUUGUAACUCACGCCCUACUCGGCUCGUACCUGGUGCAGUCGGAGAUGGGAGAUUAUGAUCCCAAGGAAAUGCCGACUCGCGCCUAUCUCAAGGACUUUAAAAUUGCACCCAAUCAAGCUCUGGAACUAGAGGACAAAGUCAUGGACUUGCACAAGACCCACAAAGGUCAAUCGCCCGCUGAGGCCGAGCUUCAUUAUCUGGAGAACGCCAAGAAGCUGGCCAUGUAUGGUGUGGAUUUGCAUCCCGCCAAGGACUCUGAGGGCGUCGACAUUAUGCUGGGAGUCUGUGCGUCCGGUCUCUUGGUUUAUCGCGAUAAACUGCGCAUUAACCGUUUCGCUUGGCCAAAGAUCUUGAAGAUCUCGUACAAGCGUCAUCAUUUCUACAUCAAGAUACGACCGGGCGAAUUCGAGCAAUACGAAUCCACCAUCGGUUUUAAGCUUGCCAAUCAUCGGGCUGCCAAGAAGCUUUGGAAGUCCUGUGUGGAGCAUCAUACCUUCUUCCGUCUGAUGACGCCGGAGCCCAACACCAGAUCCACGUUGUUCCCACGCUUUGGCUCCAAGUACCGCUUCUCGGGUCGCACCCACUACGAGAGCAAAGCGACACCUGUCGACCGUACAGCACCCAAGUUUGAUAGGGCUCUCUCCGGUGUUCGCCUCUCAUCCCGCAGCAUGGAUGCCUUGGCCAUGGCUGAGAAGGAGAAGGUUGCUCGCAAGAGCAGUACCUUGGACCAUCGUGGAGAUCGUACCAAUAAUGCGGACUCGCACGGCCGUAGUCCCAUCAAGAAGGACAAGAAGGAUAAGCCCAUGAUCGAGGACUCCCUAUAUAUGGAUGAAGAAAAGGAAGCUAAAUUGCGUGAAAAGAAACUAAAGGAGAAGGAGGAAAAGGAGCGCAAGGAGCAGGAAAAAAGAGAUCAAAAGGAGAGGGAAAAGGCAGAGAAAGCGGCUAAAGCAGCUGCUGCUGCUGCCUCCGCUGCAGCCGCCGGAGCUGGAGUUAACGGCAAUGAUGACCUAAAUGACUCCAAUAAAUCGGGCAGACGUGGCGUUGGUAUUUUCUCAUCGGGUCGGAAGAGCAAGAGCGGUUCACCGUCCAAGGAUGGCAAAGACAAGUCCAAGGAUGGCAAGGACAAGGAUAAGGAAAUGGGUCGUCUUGGUUUGGUCGUUACCUCGGGUCUUGGUGAUCAGGACAAGGAACAAAGCGAUGCCAGUCGCAAUGCUGGAAAUGCUGGAAGUCGUGGUUCCACCACACCUGGCGUCACCCGUCCCUAUGAAUAUGCCGUGGAUGCCGAUGGCAAUGCCAGCAGUCCGACACGCAAAUCUUAUACUCCCGGCGGCUUCCGUUACGACCAGGAUCCGAAGAGUGGCAAACUACUAGGUCCCGAUGGUCAGGAGCAACUAUCGCCGACAUCGCAGCAGAAGAAGAUUGGGCUGGCCUUCAAUUAUGCUCCUGGCAAUGAGAGUGCCCUCAAGGAGACCGCUGAGAAGAUCAAGUCCGGUCAGCUGUCACCACGUACGCAGGAUAAGCUCAACCGGGGACAGUUGUCGCCCAAGUCAAGGGCUAAGCUGCUCCAAGAUGGCAAUCUGUCACCCACAACGCGUGCCAAAUUACAGGGUAGUGCUGUCGAUGCUGCUGCCGUGGGACUGAACGAUGCCCAAAAGAGAUCCUACUCACCUACCAAGGGAGCGGGACAAGGAGCGGGCUACUCCUCGGGUGCUCCGGGCAGUUACAAGCCGAUCUCUGAUCCCACAGCCGAUUUCCUCGAAUCGCAACGUUAUAACAAAGAACCUGGCUACGUGGGUCUGGCAGCUGGGGCCACCAAACCUGGUUCACCCAAGAAGUCUGCACCUGGAACUGGAUCAGGAGCUGCAACUGGAGCAGGUCUGGCCGCUGGCGUUGCUGCUGGUGCAGCUGCUGCAGCUGCUGCUAAACCGAAGAAGAAGCGUGUUAAGAUCAUGGUCAUCACCUCGAAAUUCGAUCCCGCCACGAAACGCAUUGAUGCCGAGAAUGGCUCCAUUGAGCACUCCACGGGCAUCUUGGAUCCGGCGACAGGUCGCAUUGAUACCAAAUAUGGUGUCAUCGAUCCCAAGAAUGGCACCUUGGAGGCAUUGAAUACCAAGACAGGCAAAAAGGAAUUGUUCCAGGGUGAUCUUGAUCCAAAAACAGGCAAUCUGCAUUUGGUUUCCGGCGUAUCAGAUCCCAAAACCGGACGCAUCGAUGAGUCUUUGGGCCAGAUCGUGUGCAUCACGCCACAGGAUAAUCCAGUUGUUGAGCUCACCGUCAUCACCAGUCGCAUUGAUCCCGCCACGGGUAAGAUCGAUACUGUUAAUGGCGAUGUGGAGCGUUCCUUGGGUGUAUUGAACAUAGACACAGGUCUCCUGGAUACCAAAUAUGGUGAGAUAAACACACGCACUGGUGAGUUGAAGGCCAUCGAUCCGAAAUCUGGCAAAAUUGUGGUUACCAAGAAUGUUAAGGUUGAUCCUGGCACUGGACAGAUCACAAUACUGGGCUUAAUCGAUCCCAAGACGAACAAGAUUGAUCCCAACCAAGGUCGCAUUAUCGAGGUUGGUCAGCAAAUUGAUCCAAUUGUUGAGGUCACUUCACUGGCUGGCAAAUUUGAUUCGAAGAAGAAUGUUAUCGAUCCGAAGACAGCUCAGGUGGAAACCUCGGGCGGACAGUUUGAUCCAAAGCAGGGCAAGAUCGAUACGAAAUACGGACAAAUUGAUUUGGUGAAGCACACGAUCACUUUCACGGAUCCCAAGUCUGGCAAGACAGUGACCCGGGAUAUCAAGAUCGAACCCGCAACCGGACAGAUCGUGCUAAAGAACCAGAUCAAUCCGAAGAACAACAAACCCGACAAGGACUACGCAAGGAUCAUUUCACUGCGCAUCGUUCAGCAACGUGUGGAUCCGGCGACAAAGGCUCCAAUUGCUCAAGUCAGUGCCGCCAAGGAUAAGGACAUUAUUGUUGAUCCCAAAUCCAACCAGAUUUGGGUGCCGACUGGUGCAAGUGAUCCUAGCACCAAGGAGCAACAGUAUAUUUCCAGCAGCGUUGAUCCCAAGACCGGAUAUGUCAUCACCAUCUAUGGCUACCUUGACCCCAAGACCAACGAGAUCAAGAAACAGACCAAGCUCGACCCCAACACCAUUAAGAUUGAGCCAUCGUCCGGCAAGAUCUACACAGCCACCGGAGAAGUGGACAAGGCCACCGGUGAACCGCUUUACGCCGCCACCCAAGUGGAUCCCGAGUCCGGUGAGGUGUACACCAAACUGGCUCGCGUUGAUCCCAAGACCGGCAAGAUUGUGAUCGUGAGAAUUUUGCUAAUAUCGAAAACGGACGAGCGUGGUCGCCCAGAGGAAAUCGAUCCAGAGACAUGCGAGAUUGAUCCCGUUUCUGGGCGCGUUCUUAAGUUCUUCAACAAAACCGUUUAUGUUUACAAUAUGAUUGAUCCGGUAACUGGUGAAAUUGUACAGGUCGAUCCCAAUGAUCCUCGUUUCGCCGGCGCCCGCACCACAGUGACCCACACGAUGACCUUGACCGGUGAAAUUGAUCCGGUGACGGGACGCAUCAAGAGCGAGUACGGCGACAUCGAUCCAAAUACGGGUGACAUCGAUCCGGCGACAGCGGUAACAGACCCGGUUACGGGCAAAUUGAUACUCAACUAUGCCCAGAUCGAUCCCUCGCACUUUGGCAAACAGGCGCAGGUGCAGACAACCACAGAGACGGUGCCGAUCACACGCCAGCAAUUCUUCGACGGAGUCAAGCACAUUGGCAAGGGUGCACUGCGUCGCGACUCCGAGGGCAGCUCGGAUGAUGACAUGACCCAACAGUAUGCCAGCGAUCAGGUUCAGGAUCUUAUGACGAGUCCGGCAAAUCAAUCGGGUGUCACCAGUAAAAAUGUGGUGGGCAAAGCCGUGAGCACACCCACCGUGGUGAAGACGACAACGAAACAGGUGCUGACCAAGGACAAUGACGGUGUCAGACACAACGUCGAGGAGGAGGUGCGCAAUCUGGGCACCGGUGAGGUGACCUAUUCGACACAGGAACACAAGGCUGAUGCAACACCAACCGAUCUAAGUGGGGCGUAUGUCACAGCAACCGCAGUCACCACACGCACAGCCACCACGCACGAGGAUCUGGGCAAGAAUGCCAAGACGGAGCAACUCGAGGAGAAGACGGUGGCCACCACACGCACCUUGGACCCCAACAAUCAGCAGCAGCGUGUUGUCACCCAGGAGGUGAAAACAACGGCGACAGUCACCAGUGGCGAUCAGUAUCAGAGACGCGACAGUGUGUCAUCGACAAGCUCUGGCGACUCCGGCACACCCAUCGAUGGUCCAUACGAUGGCACCAGCGUGAUACGCACUGACAACCAGAAAUCUCCGCUUUAUGCUUCAACCGCAACCACAUCCACCGGCCCACAUGUUGAGAGCACUCGCGUGGUGCUCGGCGAGGACACGCCCGGCUAUUCAGGACAUGGCGAGAUCAUCUCUACCCAAACCGUCAGCAGUAAGACCCGCACCGUGGAAACGAUUACCUACAAAACCGAACGCGAUGGCAUUGUUGAGACUCGUGUGGAACAGAAGAUAACCAUACAAUCUGAUGGCGAUCCAAUUGAUCAUGACAAAGCUUUGGCUGAGGCAAUACAAGAAGCGACGGCCAUGAAUCCGGACAUGACAGUCGAGAAGAUUGAAAUUCAACAGCAAACGCAGUAGAUUUUAUAAUUAUUUAAAAACAAAA